CUCCACGUGUUCAAUCUUAUCCACUUCUCCAGCUUCAUCCCUGCACUCCUCCACGCAUCGACAACGUGUACAUUUCAUCCCUUAAAACUACCAAAAAUAGUCAAACCCAAAUUGCAUUUCCUCUAAAUUCUGAUCCAAAAAGCCUCCACUCUUAAUUUUGAUCUCCAGCUUGAUAGAAACCAACUUUAAUGGCCACCAUUUUCACGGGUUCCUUGUCUACUCCAAUCCGGGCUUCAUCGGGCUUCCAGUCUAGAAGGCCCGACCCGGCCAGUAAAAGACAUUCCUCCUCUGCCAACUGCCGGUCCCCGCUCUUCGGCCGGUCGUACGAUUCCGAUUACAUAAACAAUACGAACGAGGGUAAAAAACCUGAGAGUCCGGAUGUGGAUUCGAGCCGGGUGAGAUCGAGGUUCGCACCUGGGUGCUUCACGGAGGACAAGGCGAAGCAGCUGCGGAGGAAGACGAUGGAAGGUAUUAAUUUCCACGAUGUAAUGUACCACUCGGCGAUCGCUUCUCGUUUGGCGUCGGAUGCGUCGUUUUGGUCGGAGAAGUGAUUGGUGCAGGUCGGGGCAUUUUUAUCGCAUUUACCUUGGCUUGAUAAUUUGUCGAAAUGAAAAUUAUAAAGCCGUUUUGUUUUUAUUUACAAUAUUUCGGAUUUUGUCGGGAAGUUGUAAUUUGAGCUUGCGAUAAAUAUGGAUGGUUGGAUGUCAUUUGAAUGCAAAAAAUUUACCUCAA